AUGGAUUCAAUAAUCUCCAAAUGCAGCCAUAUCACACAGGCGCUGAUGAAGAUGUCCGCAAGCAUAUUUAUGAAAAUGGGAUAUAUCCAUUGCAUCACAGGCUCACGGCAAAGUGAUGCAGAUGGAAGGCCGGCUUGCCAGACCUCUUCCAUCCCCAAAAACCAGCCCGACUCACUCGCGAAAGGAGGAAAGAUUAAGGAGAAAUGGCUAGUCGCCUGGUCAGCCAAUGAAUGGGCCUCCUCAAGUGAGAGAGGGGGCGGGCCGGCGGCCAAGCGAUUAAGCGUCAUUGUCGAUUUUCAUAUCUACGAUCAACCAUUCAUUAUCAACCCUGUGUCGUCAUAG